GCUGCUGUGUAAUCGCAGGUAACUUUCUUACGAUAGGCUUCCGCGAAAUAACCUAGUUCUCGAUGCGCGGUUUCUUUUAAGGGUUUUAUUCGCACUAAACAAGGAUUACCUUUACAGUUAGGUAGUUUCGUCCCUCAGACAACUACAGUACAUUACCGAUCCAUUCUCUUCUUUGUUGGAGCAACCGAUCUUUCAAAGGCGUUUGAAAUCGGAUACCCCUGGCGUUGAGGCCCUCACUUUGGGCGGAAGGAUACGUUGUUGCGUCUGACAAUGUGGACGGAGGUGGUGAAGAUGUCUACGAGAAGAAUGAAAUCAUCUCAGUUGUAACAACAAAAAGGGAAGACGCGAGAUUAGUUACUAUAAUAGAUUUGUUUGCUCACAGACUUGUUACACUGAAGCAAACACGUGGGUGCAGCGUGAAAAGCGGGCUUACCGGGACAAAAGGAAGACGUCCACAGUGCCCCAAUGCGUUUCAUGCGCGGAGGUCGAAAUUCUCUUGAAGUUUUAUGUUUUUUCCAAUAGGAGACUUGGUUUUCUUUUUAUUGUUGGAUACUACACGCUUGGACUGAGGGUUUAUUAAGGCUAAGGGUUAUGAACGAACAGCAGCAAAGAAUGGCUGCAGUUGGAACAGACAAGGAACUAAGCGACCUCCUGGAUUUCAGCGCGAUGUUUGCCCCACCAGUAGCCAAUGGAAAGAACAGGCCCAUGACCCUUGCCAGCAGUCAGUUUGGUGGAUCAGCGAUAGAUGAGCGCAGUGGCUCUGGGUCCUGGGGAUCAGCUGAACAGAACAGUCCUUCCUUCAGUCAAGGACGGGGUUACACUGAAGGAUCUCACUACAGCGAGCAUGAGGCCUUGUCCUCUCCUUUCCUCAGUUCUGGCAUCACAGGUAAAAGUGAGAGGCCACCUUACCCUCCAUUUGGAAGCCAGCCUGGGUUUCUUCCGAGCGACAUAGCGUUGCCAAGCCCGGAUGCCAUGUCUCCCUCUGGUCUGAAAUCCAGCUCCCAGUUUUACCCCUCGUACACUAACAAUCCAAGGAGAAGGCCUACCGAGAGCAGCAUAGACUCUCAGCCAAAGAAGAUUCGGAAACCCCCUGGCCUGCCAUCCUCGGUGUAUGCUUCCACAUCUGGUGAUGAGUAUGCCAGAGACAGCAGCGGAUAUCCUGGUGCUAAAUCUGGAGCUGUCUACCCAGGCUCUUUCUACAUGCAAGAAGAUCCCUGGUCAUCUUCUGGAUACUCUGCCAUGCUCGGCAAUGCCCACCUUGGUCAGCCAGGUUCUUUCUCUGCGUUAAAUCCACAGGACAGGAUGAACUAUCCUCUACAUGGCAGUGAGGUCAACGGCUUUCACCCAGCCCCCACAACCUACAGUCACACACCCGCUAUCAACGGGGAAGGCAUCAUGGCUACUCGAGGCACUACCGCUGGCAGCUCAGGCGAUGAAAUUGGCAAAGCUCUUGCCUCAAUUUACCCGUCGGACCAUAACAGUAAUAACUUCUCAUCAGCCCCAUCAACACCUGGGUCUCCUCAGGGAAUUACAGGAGCUCAAUCUCAGUGGCAAAGGCCUACCACACCCAGCUAUGAAGGGCAGCCUCAUGCACUGCAGAAUAAAAUGGAGGAUCGUUUAGAAGAGGCCAUACAUGUACUGCGUAGUCAUGCUGUUGGCCAGGCCCCUGGUUUGGAGGGUGCCCACCCCGACAUGCACAACCUGCUGUCCGCUGUGCACAAUGGGGCCCUUGGGGGCCUCUCUCCAGCUUUCCCCAGCGCCAGUCUUGCUUUGAGCAACAGACAUCCUGCAAUGGGUGGAAAAGAUGAGGAGGCCGCAGGUCUUCCUCCAAGCAGCACUCUUCUCCACGGUCAUCACGCAUCUGGACCCACACAGUCAGCUGGGCAGCCUGAAGGCUUUAGCAGUCUCCCUGGAGGCAUGUCCCGCUCCACACACUCCUCCAGCAGCUCUGACAUCAAGAGAGAGGACAAGGAAGAUGACGAAAAUUCAUCAGUGGCAGACAAAUCAGAUGAUGAGAAGAAGGAUUCUAAAGCCCGCAGCCGCAGCAGAAAGGAGGCGUUCGCCCUCCAGAUGAUGUCUGCCCUUUCAGAUCCGAAAGAUGAUGAUCAGUGUAAUGAAGACGAUGAGGACUUGCCCCCUGAGGUGAAGCUGGAGCGCGAGAGGGAACGGCGAGUUGCUAACAAUGCCCGCGAGCGCCUCAGAGUACGAGACAUCAAUGAGGCGUUUAAGGAGCUUGGGAGAAUGUGCCAGCUGCACCUCAGCCAUGACAAACCUCAGACCAAACUCCUCAUCCUGCACCAAGCUGUCAACGUCAUCCUCAAUUUAGAACAACAAGUCAGAGAGCGCAACCUUAACCCUAAGGCAGCAUGUUUAAAGCGUAGAGAAGAGGAGAAGGUAUCUGGUGUUGUGGGCGAAUCUCAAAUGCAGCUCUCAGGAGGUCAUCCGAGCAUGCCAGGCGAUGGCCACAACUCGGUCGGUCACAUGUAACACAAGAUCUGACGGUGUUUUCUAGCCUGUUGGAGGAUGUGGCCUUAACAGUUUGCUUCCACCCAUUAUUCUGUGUGUAAAUGUGGACAUGUAUGUGUAUUGUCCAUUCAAGUCCCAAGAUACUCAUUUACACGCACACAUGCAUACUGCCAAACUGACUUAGCACGUUCAGCGCACUCCCAACCAUAACUACAAACUCAAAUGUGAAGAACUUUUUUAGUUUUGCUUUGUUUUAUACAUGUAAAGCGUUUUGGUUUUCAUAUUUGGUUUCCACAAAUGGAGGGAACCCCAGAGUACUUUUGUCCUGCCACAGAUUGGGACUACACACUGCCAAGAGGUACUCUGACCAGAGAGAGACCUGAACACAAAUUUAAUCAAGGAUUUGUGCCUAUUUGUUACAUGUUUUCUAUUUGACAUUUAAGCAAAUUGCUUUACAUGCGAGGAACAUUUAUUGUGAGGGAUUGCUUAUAUGUAUGAGCAAUUAUUUUUAAUGUAUGUCAUUCCCAGUGUGAUGGUACAGUCUUACAUAUGUUAUGUAACCAAGCCCAUUGUUUAUUGUCCUAUUCAGUUACUUUUCAUAAUCUUGUCUACAGAAGAUUGGGAAACAUGUUUAAAGGGUCAGAAGGGAAAAGGACAAUGUUUUGAUUGUGCUAGUAGACACCCUGGCCCAGAGACAGUCAGAGAUUGAUCCCCAGUGUUUUCACAGAUGUCUGGAGACCACAGACUAAAGAGGAUAAAUUAUUCAUAUGGUAGAAUAAGUCAAUAACAAACUGUUUUUACUUUCCACUGACCACAAAAGGUAUUACAUCAGUAAUCUUUAUAUUAGGGUCAUUUUUGUAUCGUGCUUGCAAGCAUACAAAUGUAGUUUGUAGGGGAAAAGGUUGAAUUAAAAAACUGCAUAUUUCAGUCCUUUUCACCCUGGAAAUAGCCAAUGGAAAUGAAUUGGGACUGAUUUCCUGCUAACUUUUACAUCAGGUGCUGUUAUUUCCCGUGAAUCAAAUAUAUUUUGAGAAAUUCCAAAUUAUUUGGUUUUAAGAUCUACACCAGUUAGUUUAGCCUCUGUGCGACAUUGGCUUACAUUAACAAAAUGAGCAUUCCCAGAAAAGGCUCGACUUCUUAUGAAGUUUGUCCACACUUUGGUGUGAAAUGUAAAUUCACUUACGCUAACAUUACUCAGUUAUGUUUCUUUGUCAGAUUUAAAUAUAUAUAAAUAUAUAUUUUUUGUUAGUCUAUACAUUGUAGAUUUUUUACAUAAAUGGCAAUAUUAGUUUGAACUUUAGUGUAUUGUAGAUGAGCUGAAAAAGGGGAUAUUUCACAUUUUAAUGAAAUUGUAAAAAACAUUUGAACGUGGGUGGCAGUGGAAAAAGGCAAACAGUGAUAAAUGAAAAUGUAUUGAGUAUAGUGUAUCCUUUAUUCCUGUUUAAUUUUAAAAGGCCUAUGAGCAGUGUCCAUGUCCCACUGUGGGGUGUGAGCACAGUGAAACACCAAGGCAAAUGCAGAAAGGGAUUUUUCUCAAACAUUAUGCAACUGGUUCUUGAAUGUAGCUACCAUAAAUAUUAAUCGCCUUGAAUUUUUUUGUUUGUUGUCUCCUUGGCGUUUUUGUCCAUCUUUUCCUAAUCUCUGCCCUGACCAAGUGGCUUAUAGUGGGGCAGGAUCCUGCACACUUAAGGAGGUGGAUUCUGACAUUUGGUUGCAAGGUAAAAUUAUAAUAUGAGAACAAAACAGUAUUAUUGUAAUGUUAUUCCCAUUUUGUCAUGUUGUAAAUGAUUUUACCAACAUGUAAUCACAAAUGGGAGUAUUUUGUGUUUAAUUUCUACAAAAGAGAUGAAGACCUAUACAAAUCAAUAGUGUGGCCUUUUCAUUCUCAAGACUUAAGAUGUCAUGAUGGGAGAGUGAUACCUUAUCAGUGCCUGAAAUUGUAUUUUCAUUGAAAACAAGUUUAUUUUGUGAACCAUAUCAUUUCAUUUAUCUUGGAGAUUAAAAGGUACUUGUUCAUUCCCAACUUGACUUUCUCCUAAUGCUUUUUCAGUUUCCAGGAAGAGGUUUAAAUCUUUAAAUGAGAUUUUCUUUCUGUGUAUCUAGUAAAUAAAUGUUAUGUAGAGCUUG